AUGUCUAAACAUUAAAGUUAAUAGAGCGAUAAAGAUGAUAAAAGUGAUCAAAAUAUUUAUGGAGACUUUGAUAUCGAUAAAUUGAUCUCACAAAAAAAGAAAGACUCAUAAAAGAGACACAAGGGUGUAUCAUUGAAACAAGUGGAGAGUUAAUACAAAAAUAGUACAUUGAUUUAAGAGGAUGCUUCGGAUGAUCCUAUGUCUAAAGCAAUUGGCUUGAUUUCAGCUGGUGGUAAAGCACCUUAAUUCUAGUACUCUACACUCGGCAAAUUUGAAAUUAGAGACAAAAAACUGUAUGUACUAACAUUUAUGAUCUAUAUAUUUUAUAGUGAAGAAUUCCUCGUGACAAACAUUCCAGUAAACAAGGGUAAAUCAGACUAUGAAAUAGAAUUGGAAAGAAAGCGUAAAGAGUUAGAAGAGGCUAGACUUAGAAUUAUGGAGGAAUAAAUGAACCUUUACAAAAUUCCAUAGCAUUUGGAUGUAGAUAAAAUAAGCAAGGAUAGAAGACUAAUAGACUAAACAAACUGGGUGAAUGGGUUGAUUGAAGUUCCCAUAGCUUAGGAUAAGAAGAUUUAAAAUGUAGAAGAGGCUGAAAAAUUGAGACUCUAGUAAUUGAAAAAGAUAUUCGUUACUAAGGAUGAUGAAGUUGAAGACUAGUCCAAAUAAUCAAAUUAGAAAAACCAGAAGCCCAAGAAAAAUGAGUUGCAAAAACUGGUUGAAUUUGAGAAAAAUAACUUAAGAAAAAAUAGAGAUAAGAUCAAUGAAAUUGAACAGAAGAGAGAAACUAAUAGGUAGAUUGAAAGGCACUAGAAUGAUUGA